AUGGAUCGUGCUCUGAAGUCUAAGAAGCUGGCUCCUUGUUUCAUUGGACCCUAUCAGAUUACUCAGAAGAUUGGAGUUAUUGGUUACUGUGUGACACUACCCCCAUCUUUUUCGAAUUUGUAUGAUGUGUUCCAUGUGCCACAACUUCGGAAGUAUAUUCAUGAUCCAUCUCACGUGAUACAAAUGGAUGAUGUACAAGUUCAGGAUAAUAUGACGGUUGAAGCGUCAUAUAUUUGGAUCGAGGAUAAAGGAGUGAAGCAACUAUGCGGUAAAGAAAUUUUUCUUGUGAAGGUUGUUUGGGGAGGACCUGCUGGAGGUAACAUGACUUAG